GUCACUGUCGUCGGCGACCUGCACGGCCAGUUCGGAGACCUGCUGCACAUCUUUCGCAGCCAAGGCUUCCCGUCCGCCACGCGGCCGUACGUCUUCAAUGGCGACUUUGUCGACCGCGGCCCGGCGAGCGUCGAGGUCGCCCUCACGCUGUUUGCCUUCCAGCUGCUGCUCCCGAACAGCGUCUUCCUCAACCGAGGCGCGUGCAACCACGAGGAGCGGUCCGUCCACUCGCAGUGCGGCUUCCAGGCCGAGUGCAACGCAAAGUACGGC